ACACAGUUUAAAUACCAAUUAGGUUAAGAUGGUUUCAAGAAGUUUAGUAAUACGUGGGCAUCAAUGUGGGAAUAGGUAAACCAUGAGUGAUGAAACGACUGGUCUUAUUCAAGAAAAUGAAAAACUCCCGCUUCGACUACAAUUAGCUUUUGGGGUUGGACAUGUACUCAACGAUAUAUGUUCGUCAAUGUGGUUUACCUAUCUACUGGUUUUUCUGCAUUUAGUUUUGGAAUUUAAUAAUUGGGAAGCCGGGUUCUUGUUGCUAGUGGGACAGGUAGCAGACGCUAUCGCCAACCCGUUUGUUGGGUAUCAAUCGGAUCAAAGGGACACACUGUGGAUUUGUAAAUACGGACAGAGAAAAAUUUGGCAUUUAAUAGGCACUAUUUGCGUCUUGGGAGCGUUCCCGUUUAUAUUUUUACCAUGCGUCAAUCCAGACAGCAACAGAUACGUUCAGCUGUUUUAUUUCGCUGUAUUUAUUGUGAUAUUUCAAUUCGGAUGGGCUGCCGUACAAAUUGCUCAUUUAUCGAUUAUGCCCGAACUUACUGCCGAUGAGCACCAGCGCACCAAAUUGGCAGCCACCCGUUACUGCUUCACUGUCAUUUCGAACGUAUUAGUCUACUUUGUUUCUUGGGUGGUUUUUCGCUGUGAAGAUGGCACUGAGCGCCGCAUUAGUACAUCUGAUGCUCCCGAUUUUCAGAUAAUCGUUUGGUCAGGUUUGAGUGUAGGAAUACUCUGCACAAUCAUAUAUCAUGUUUUUGUUCAUGAAGAUAGUUCAAGAUUUGACGAUCAUCACGCAACGGAGCAGAUAAGUUUGGGAGUUGGCCAAAUACUACAAAAAGUACGGUACUACCAAGCCGCAGUAGUUUAUAUGUCAACUAUGCUGUAUAUAAAUUUGACUCAAGUGUUCGUUCCGCUGUAUUUACACGAAACUUUGACUAUGGCUGCCAGUGCGCUUGCCAAAAUCCCGUUGGUGAUAUACUUGGGAAGUUUAUGCACGUCGUUCUUUGUUGGAACCUUAAAUAAAUAUUUGGGUAGGAAGGUCGCUUACGUUAUGGGUGCUGUUAUAGGUUUAGUAGGAUGUGGAUGGAUUAAUUUGCGAUCUCAUACACCCACCUUUACCUUUUAUGAGAUCUACGCCGUAGCAUUACUUUUUGGAUGUGCCAGUGCCAUCGUAUUGGUUACCAAUUUGGGCGUGACGACCGACGCCAUCGGUGAUAAAACGGGAAGUGGAGCAUUUGUGUACGGCAUCAUGUGUUUUACAGACAAAUUAUCUAAUGGAAUUGCAGUCUUUGUGAUACAAGAUUUACACAAAACAUUUCCUAACUCAGAGUAUUAUGGGCACGUUUUAACGUUCGUUUGUGGCGGUGCCCUCAUUCUUGGAUCCUGUGGAGUUAUCUCUUUAUCAAUUUGUAAAACUUCUAAACCAAAUUAUACCUUGAUCACCGACUGAUCAUUAGUGGUAUAUGGAACUAACGGCAUUACCGGAUUUGCGUUAUUAUAUCGCAGCAUAAGCGCAUGAAUGGUGUUUUGUAAAAGUUAAAAAAGUUGUGAUUUUGUGCUCUAGUUAGAUAACAUCUUAAUAUAUUUAAUAAGUACUUG